UGGAUGUUGGAGUUGAUGAUCAAGCAUUCAAGGAAAGAAAAGGGCAACAUUCCUUGAACGGUCUUCUCGCAGAGGCUUGUGUGCCGGAUGGUAGGAACAGUGCAGUGGUGGACGGAUACGAGCCUGGCAAAGCAGUGCUGGAAUUGAAAGAAAAAAGACUGGGGCUUUAGAGACUGGUCAGUCUUUCUGAAUUUUGUGUAUGUGUUCAUGUGUUCAAGCAGACAGUUGCAUGUAGCUUUUGAAAGAUUUCUUAGUGCACAUCCUCUUCAAACUUUCACCCUCUCCAUGAUCCAAGAUUUUGUAGUCUAUAACCGUCAGUCUCACGGCAUUAAAGGUUGGAGAGACUGUUAGCAUAGCAGUGUCCAUUUAGCUCAAUAUCAGCAGAAGUGGCCACAAGAGCAUUCCUGUCAGCAUCAGUAUAGAGGGUUGACCAGCGUUAUUUGGUGGAAUCAUGGCUGCACGAAGUGACAACCAUGUCCUGCUGUGUGUUAGUCACAAGAAAAUGAUCUAUACGAACUUUGCCUGCGUCGUUGUGGGUACGAUAUUGAUGAUCCUGGCCAGUCUAUACUACUCAUUUGACACAGUCACUGGCACUCAUUGUAGAGUGCCAAACUUUCUGCCGACGAUCAGCGCUGCAGCGCGAGAUAUCCCGAGCAGGCUUAUAUGGCAGCUGAUCAUCAUAUUCCACAUUCCCCGUGGCCUUCUGGAGGUCGUUGUCUACCAUAAUUACUUCUCAGCUAGACUGGCCGACAUGAACUGGCACUCAUCCCUGAUGAGAAUGCUGAACUAUGUUCAGUCAGUCACUCUUGCCACUCAUCAUCUGUCUCUGUUAUCGCUUACACUGGUAACAUCAGCACCCCCAUACUAUUACAUCCACGAAGCCUCGUUCAUCACAUUCAUUGUCACAUCUUUCGUCCAUAUGUUGAUGCUGCUGACGAUAAUGAAACUAACCGACAGUGAUGGCCGUGGCCUGAAGACAAAGAGUGUCCGGGUGCGAUACUUCUUCAUACAUGCCAUUCUGUUUGUCUUGUCGAUGGGCCUCUUCUUCCGACACAACGCAUACUGCGAGCCAUAUGUCUACUCAUACUAUGCUGGAAUGGAGUACUUGGUCAUCUUCAGCAACAUGAUGUUCUAUAUUUUUAUCACCAGAGACUUCCCUGAUUUGAAGCUGGUGAUGGUGGGAUCGGGCCACAAGCGUGACUAGACGAAUCUUUGCUGCUGAUUCGGGGACACCCAUCUGUGGCCCGCACAGUACACACACACACACACUCUCUCUCUUUCUCUCACACACACACACACACACACACUGGUAGCACACCCUGGUGUUCGGCUUACAGACACAUAAUAGCUAGACACAGUGCCCCCCCCCCCCCCCCCCCCCCUGACUCAUCGCUCUGGUAUGUGAGAGUUGGGACGGGUUGUUUGUGCCAUUGGUAUUGCCCAGGCAACAUCGUUGUGAGUCUUGAACAGUGCAUUCACAUGUACUCAGCAAACCUUUUUUGCUUUUUUUGCAAGUAUGAGCAGCACACUGAUAUUAUUUAGAACAAUAACCUUUCCCUUCGGGGCGGCAUGAAAGCUCGACUCGCAGUUCGCCCUGCACACUCCCGUUCCUACUAGUGCACGGUGUCGCUGGCAUCUGCAUGCAUGUAUCUGUCAGUAUGUCCAGUGCACGGUGUCGCUGGCACGGUGUGCCUUGUGCGUAGUCAGAUGGACACCUGCCGGUCUUGGGUGCUGGAAUAUUAUCUGUCUGCUAUCUUGCAAGUGCAAGAGACAUGAUGGAUAUGGCUAUUAUGCUUUGAAGAGGAGCAUGGCAAUGUGCUUUCUCACAAUUUAUUUAUGCUUUUUGCAGCACAGCCUACCGUUAGAUCUACGUACAUGUACUAUAUUAAUUAUUUCUUUAUUGAAAUUAACGCUAGGCUACUCCGAUGUGUGCAUGAUGUUGUUUCACAAAUCUCCUCCUUUAUUUUGCGGGAGGUCUUUAUAAUAAAUGUUCAAUUAUGUACUUGGAAGUAUUUUUGUUCAAUUUGACCAAAACAAACGAAGCAUCAAGUUCCUGCCACUCUGUAGCUACUCUUUCCUCUUCUUUGUGUAGUGAGACAAGAGUACAUAACUCCCAAGAGUGGAAUUCCACAUUAUUUUCAGUCACCACUCAUUUUCAGAAUGACCGAUAUGCCAUGU